GCACGUGUGUCAUUUGAAUAUGAAGCUGAUGCAGAUAGAAGAAGAGUGACUUCAUUUGAUUUGUCAGUCACGUGGAGCAGAGUGUACAUUAUCAUACUUUCUCACCCGCUGUCUCUGUGUAACACCAGCGAAGAUGACCGCCAGGAGACCAUCUUCAUCAGCAUCGUCAAACUCGAGAGUCCAGAGAGCAAAGUGCCACAGUGCCAGCCGCUGCUGGAUAAAGCUCGUCUGGCCCUUCAGAGAGGCGCUCAGGCCGUCAUCUUUGACAUCACAGAUGAUCCCGGUGCUGCUCAGGAGCUGCGUGAUUCAAGUUCGUUUCCUCGUCCAGUGGUGCUGGUGAAGUCAUCAGAUGCAGAAGAACUGAUGGGACUCGUCAAUAAGAACGAAGAAGCCAUGGUGUUCAUAGAUAUCAUGAUGGAGACUCCAAAAUGGCCUUACUAUGACGUUGGCAUCCUGUUGACUGUGGCUCUGGUUGUGUUGGCCAUCGUCAUGAUCUUUGUUUUACGCUUCCGCUGCAAGUCCAACAGAACCUGGGACUCUGUGCACCAGCAGACCAUGCGUGCCAUCAGCAGGUUGGAAACGCGCACAUACAGCUCUCAGGGUUGCUCUGGCUCCCAGCGUUCUCGUGAGGCUCCGGGGUCAAACAGCAGCUCCAAUUCCAGCCCGGUCUGUGCCAUCUGUCUUGAGGAAUUCAUGGAUGGCCAGGAGCUGAGAAUCAUCUCCUGUGCUCAUGAAUUCCAUAAGGAGUGUGUUGACCCCUGGCUCCUACAACAUCGUACCUGCCCACUGUGCAUGCACAACAUCAUGGGUAAACUGCCUCAGGGUUCAGAUCAGGCAUCCCGUCUGCCCCAAAGGAGUCGAAUACCACCCCCUCCACCAGAGCACAGUCAAGCCUUCCUCCUUCCGCAUAACUAUCCCAACCAACACCCUUAUCAUCGGCAACCUGUUCCCUUUUCCCUGCGCCAUCAUUACCCCCGUAACCCAUCUGGACCUUUACCCCAAUUGGGCCACUUUGGCAACUCACCCCCACUCUGUCCACAGACUUUCCGUUGCAUUCCCAGCGGACCGUUGGGUGCUAGGUGUGCAUAUCACUCGGCUCCAGAUGCCCAUCACGGACGUGCACAUAGGACAGGUGGGCACGGGUGUCGGACUGGGGGGCAUCACUAUGCAGCCCCCAGAAGGUCGUGUCACCGGUGCCCCGGAGGACCUUUGCGGAAUGCCUCAGGUUCUCGGAUGCAUCACGUGGCAUCAUCCGCAAAUCAUGGAACUCAUCAUCACCUGCCACGUGGGGGAGGCUCGCACAGUCGCCAAGACGACGGAAGCUGCUCAGGAGGGAGUUACCAUACCGAGCGGAGCGGUUAUCUUGCAGACGGACCGGCUAGCGAUUCCAGCUCGGGAUCGUGCCAUGGCUCGUCCAGUGACUCUGUUUUGAACUGUACAGACAUCAGCCUGCAGGGUGUUUAUGGCAGCUGGUCUACUUUUCGUAGUUCGCUCAGUAGUGAUUACGACCCAUUUGUCUAUUGCGGACCGGGCAAAGCUCCACGCAGAGGGAGCAUGGAGGCCACACAAAGGCCUCGUUCCCUGGACUCUGUAGUGAACCAAACUGGGAUUGGAAGCAUCAGUGAUGCCAGUGCCAUCUGCCCGGAAGAACAGCAGCCGCAGCAACAGAUGGCUGUGUCCAGUCAUGUUCACUAUCAUAGGCAUAGACACCACUAUUAUGAGGACGGGGAGCUCAGUCAAGGGCCUGGCCGAGGUCGUGAGGGGGAUCAAGAGGCCAUGUCCUCAGCUGCGCCAGCAAGUGGGUCUUGUCCCGUAACUAAAGACAAAGACUCCUCCGGGUGUCAGGGACAAAACCAGUCUUGCCAUUGCCCCAAAACAGACCUCAGUUCAAGGAGGGUUAAGGAUAGAGACCCAGACCCUCUUUCCACCUCAGGUGCUUCUGUGAUCCUUCCCUCCCCUCCUUUAACCUCUCCGUCCCCACCCUGUUGCCACAAAGGCCCAAGAUGGACGUCCAGUUGGAAAGCAGCCGGCUGUCCAUUGGAAGCUCCUUCGCCGGUUGUUCACUUCCAUCAAAACUUGGACCUUCAGGAUGAUUGUAGCAUUCACAUCCACUACGGACAGGGAGCGGGAAGCUACUGCUGCACACCUCCGCCAGACAUGGCCCCCACACUGCUGCCGGUACCUCUAAUCUUGGACUCUUCGGGUAUGACCGACUGGCCGUGCUGUAGUGGGGCACAUGUGGUUUGGCAGAAGCAAGUGCAGCAGUCCCAAUCUGAGCCUCAGCUUCUGGGACCCACUUCUGGAAUGGACAGACCCCUGUGUAGGGCCUAUCAUGGCCCAGGGGACGAACAUCCCAUGGACUGUCCGUACUGCCAAAGUCUACACAAUAGUCAGGGGUCAGAGGAAGAGUCUCGUGUUUGAGAAAACUCUUCAUCCGAAACUCCUCACGCUGCUACACAAGAGCCGAAAUGGACAAAACAGUUCGGCGAUCUCUCGCUGUCUCUUUCACUCACAUUUUGCGUCUUCCGGAUAAUUCCAAACUUUUUCUGCAAAAUCAAACUGGAUUACCAAUAAUCUCCAGACCUCAGAAUUUCGUUCUUACAAAGAAUUGAGCAGUCAGUGAUGAUUAGAUGUUUUGUCCAAAGUACUCUUCAGUAGUAACUCACUGUUGCUAGCACUAGGGCUGUCACUAUUGUGAAAAAAUAAUUUUCGAUUUUUAAGACAUAGGUAUUCAUUGAAUCGAUUGUAAA